UCUCAAUCCAGUCAAGUGUUAGCAGUCUCACAUUCCCGACACAACAUGGCAACCGUUACGGAAGUUGGUGGCAUCAAGACCGGCAAGCUGCUGAUCGAGGGCAAAACGAAGCAGGUGUACGAUGUGCCGAGCAUGCCGGGCUUCUCGAUACUGCUGAACAAGGACCGCAUCACCGCCCACAACGGUGUCCGGGCGCACGAUCUCGAGGGCAAGGCAAAAAUCUCCAAUCAAACGAACGCGAAAGUGUUCACCCUGCUGAACCAGGCCGGCCUCCGGACGGCGUUCGUACGCAUGAUUUCGGACAACGCGUUCCUCGCCCGGAAGUGCGAGAUGGUGCCGAUCGAGUGGGUGACGCGCCGGCUCGCAACCGGUUCCUACCUGAAGCGCAACCCGGGCGUAAAGGAGGGUUUCCGGUUCGCACCGGCCAAGGUCGAGACGUUCUUCAAGGACGACGCGAACGACGAUCCCCAGUGGAGCGAGGAGCAGAUUGUGUGUGCCGCGUUCAAGGUGAACGGUGUGACGAUCGGUCAGGAUGAGGUGGACAUUAUGCGCCAGACGACUGCGCUGGUGUUCGAGGUGCUGGAGCGUGCCUGGGCGACCCGGGACUGUGCGCUGAUCGACAUGAAGAUCGAGUUCGGUGUGGACGGUGACGGUCAGCUGCUGGUAGCGGACGUGAUCGAUUCGGACUCGUGGCGUUUGUGGCCGAGCGGCGACAAGCGCCUGAUGGUGGACAAGCAGGUGUACCGCAAUCUCGCUAGCGUGACGGCGGCCGAUCUCGACACGGUCAAGCGCAACUUCACCUGGGUAAGCGACCAGCUGGACGCGAUGGUCGCCCCCAGCAACCAUCUGGUGGUGGUGCUGAUGGGCAGCGCCUCGGACAAGGAACACUGCGAAAAGAUAGCGAAGCACUGUAACGCGCUCGGUCUCAACACGGAGCUGCGCGUGACGUCCGCGCACAAGGGCACGCAAACGACGCUGCACAUGGUCAGCGAGUACGAGAGCGUGCUGAACGAGCUGGUGUUCAUCACCGUGGCGGGCCGAUCGAACGGACUAGGGCCGGUGCUGAGCGGCAACACCAACUAUCCGGUCAUCAACUGUCCACCGGUGAAGCCGGACAACGUCAGCCAGGAUGUGUGGUCCAGCCUGAACCUACCGUCCGGGUUGGGGUGCGUAACGGUGCUGUAUCCGGAGGCGGCCGCCCUGCACGCUGCGCAAAUCAUUGGCAUGAAAAAUUUCAUGAUCUGGAGCAAGCUGCGCGUGAAGCAGCUGGACAACUACUCCAGCCUGAUAAUGGCGGACAAAAAGAUGCGGGGCGUGCGUCAGAACUAA